AUGUCCAUGGCAACUAGCACCCACACAGACGCUUGUUCUGUCUCAUCAAAAGCCAAAUCAAGCAUCACGGAACUCGAUACUUUUGACAACAGUCUAGUGUUCAGCAGCAGUCCCACCAACUCGGAAGACGCCUUGUUUGACACGAUUGUUGGUGAAAUCGAAACCAUCAUUAUGGAUGACAAGUUUAUUGCAUUGCAACAGGCAUUUCUAUCAAAACACUGCAAUGUGUUUGAUGAAAGUGACGAAAACAAGCUCGAAUACACGGCUAUUUUCCAACAAUAUAACCAAUACAUUGAAUCGUAUCUGUGCAAACGAUUAAAAGUCAGGCUGCCAUGGUUUUCCAUGCCAGAUUUUUUACAAAUGAUCAAACAACGGCCCGAUCAAGCAGAAGGCGAUGUGUUUGAUAUGUUACAUAGUUUGGGUGAGUUUAUCGAGUUCAAAGACUUGAUGAUCGGAUAUAUUCGUGAAAAGGAAGGACGUGGACCCAAUCUCAAUUGUCUGUUGUCUGUCAGCUCGGCUAAUCGUAAACAAUAA